AAAAGCCACAAAGCCAGCAGAACAAAGCAAGCAAACAAGUUUUAAGCAGCAGACAGUAGCGAAGCAGAGAGCAGGAAAGAAAAGUAGAAAGAAGAAAAAGGAUAAAAGAAGAAGAAAAUCCUAAUCUUUGUCCUCCUCCUUCAAAAUGGAUAGGGAAAGAGAAUCGUCCUCUUCUUCUUCUGCUGCUGCUACUGCUGCACCUGUUGGAUUCCGGCCAUGGGCCCUUAUUCUUCUCUUCUCCCUUCUCAUUCUCCUCGUCCUCCCCUCCUCCUUCCGCGGCUUCCGCCCCUUCGCCAUCAGGAACGGCUGGGACACCCUCAACAUCCUCUUGGUCCUCUUCGCCAUUCUCUGUGGCGUGCUCAGCCGCCGCCACGGCACCGACGACGGCGACAGGCUCCCCCGCCAGGUGGACCACGGAGACUGGCGCCGAGCCCACUCUAGCUACCCCCACCUUGGAGAGGCCGCUCCGGAGGCGGGAGGCCUUCGGAUGCGUAGUGGCGGUGGUUCCUACCCUGUUCUGAGGCCAACGCUGGAUGCCGCCGCCGAGGAGUGGCGUUUCUACAGUGACGUGGAGCAUUAUCGGCAGGGAUCGGAGUCUGGCGUGUGGGAAAGGGAAAGGCUUGGGGAUUCCGAGGCAAAAAUGAUUGCCGUGGACGCAUAUGCUGAGAGAAGCAGCCCUCUAGCGAGAUCUAGAUCUCCGUUCAGUCUGCCGCCGCCGACUCAGAGGUUGAUGGAAAGUAGGGCGUUAUACGAACUUCCCGAGGGGCAGGUGAAGAAAGGUGAGAUCUUUGAACCAGAAGCCCCCCAUCCGCCCUCGCCGCCACAGCCGCCUCAAUGCCAAUCGCGGAUGACGAGGCGGAGGAGAGCUGAGAAGGUUGCUGAGGAAAAGGAGGUGGAGAAAAAUGAGAUCUUUGGGCAGGAGAACAACCAUUCGUUGUCGUCGUCGCCGUCUCCGACUCCGAGGCAACGCCAGCCGAGGAGGAGGAGCAUUGAGAAGUUUCGGGAGAGGGACGUCGGACAAAAUGCAAAAUGCGAGCCAAAGACGACCGACAUUCCGCUGCCAGAACCGGCGAAGUCGCGGCAUCAGAGGAGGAGAAGCGUAGGCGAUGUUCCACAGUGGGAGGUAGAACAAAAUCCUAAUGUUCUUGUUGAAAAGCCUCCUACGUCGCCGCUGGACCCCUCGCCGUCUCCGCCUGAGCAUCAGGAGGAAGCAGAAGAGGAGGAGGAAUUGGUGGAAAAGACGAACCAUAAGAAGCGAAGAAGCGGCGGAGCGAAGGACAUCGCUGCAGCUAUAGCUUUGUUGUAUCCGAAGAAGAAAGGAAGCAAGACGAAGAAAUCUUCCAACGACACAGCAGUUGUAUCGGCGGAACCUGCCUCCUCCGCUGCGCCGCCACCCCCUCCUCUUCCCUCCUCGGUCUUCCACCACCUCUUCUACCAAAAGAAAGGGGGAAACAAGGCCCGGCAGAUCCACUCAGAGUCAGCAGCACCUCCGCCGCCGCCGCCGAUGCCUCCGCCGCCAGAACAACAAUCCACACAGCAAGCGAUACAACCGCCAGUUCCGGCGCCAGCUCCUCCGUCUCUUAACCGGCAUCAUAAGGGAAAGGAAAAGGUCUAUCUUUACGAGUCACCUCUGUCGCCGCCUCCUGCUCGGCCAUCACGGCUAGAAAAAUCCAAUCUUUCGAAGCCCACUCUCCAGGCUUCGUCUUCCAUGUCGCCGAUACCUCCGCGGUCUCCGCCUCCGCGAAGGCCUUCUCAUUCCCAUCAAACCGUCGCCGACGAGGAGGUGGCGGCUAACCACGACCUCAACAGGAGAGUCAUCGAAGGACAAGCGAUGAAACUGAAGGAAAGAGAGAACGCGGCGGUGUCCUGCCCGAGCCCGGACGUGGACAACAAGGCCGACCUCUUCAUCGCUCGAUGCCAUGCGAACUGGAAGCUCGAGAAGCAGAACUCCAUGCGCGAGAAGGAGCGCCGCAAACAGCAAAGGCGACAGGAAUCCGAAUUGAGACGCGUUUAACCUCUAAUUCCGCCGCCGGCGACGUGGUCUCGGACCAGGUGCAUACAACUUGGUCGUCGAUAGCUGAACAACCGGAUCAUUCUACCAUUGACUAAAAUUCGAAGCUGCAAAAUGUCAUUUGGGCUACAAUUCCCGCACAAGAAGGUACAGCAAUCCCAGUGAAAUUGUUUAGAUAAAUUCUUUUGAUCAAAUGACAAGUUUGAAACAUUGUGCUAAAGUUGUUCUUGGUAGAGUUAAUGCAAAUGGAAAUUAGUUUA